CGCGCAUCGGCCGGCCCCGCCGGAGGGGGCGGGGCGGCCCCCGGGAUGCAGGCGCUGAGGCGGCUGCACGAGGCGGCCGUGGGGCUGCUGCUGUGGGGGAGAGCGGCGUCGGCCCGCCCCGACGCUUCGGAGGUGCUGAGCCAGCACCUGCGGCAGCGCGGCCUGCCCCACUGGACGUCGUACUGCGUCAAGUACAGCGCGGUGCGCAACGAUCAGUUCGGCCUCUCGCACUUCAACUGGCGCGUGGACGGCGCCAACUACCACGUCCUGCGCACCGGCUGCUUCCCCUUCGUCAAGUACCACUGCUCCCGCGCCGCCCCGCAGGACCUGGCGCUGCAGAACGCCGCCUUCACCGCCCUCAAGGUGCUCAACGCCGGCAUCCCAACCUUACUGUAUGGAAUUGGCUCCUGGUUCUUUGUCAGUGUCACAGAGACUGUUCACACCAGUCACGGCCCAGUUACUAUUUAUUUUCUAAAUAAAGAAGAUGAAGGUGCAAUGUACUGAAAUGGUGCCCUCAAGUACUGUCAGUUGGUGGGUUUCCAUGUUACAGCUGCUACAAAUAUCUGCUCCCGGUGCCUAAAAAGAACUGAAGGCAGCUCUGUGUUUUUACACCGUGUAUUCUUUUACUGAACACAGUGUCUUCAGGAAGCUUCAUGGAAUUUUUUGCUCAUAGGUUUGUUUCUGGAGAGGAUAGUAAGGUUGAAAAUGUAGAAGCCUUGGGAGAAGAACUAAUAUCUCUAAGGGCGUUAGAAUUUACGUAAGUCAGUGACUAGAACUGUUGAAGAAGCUUCUAAUAAUUUAGAAGGGUACAUCAACCAGCGUGGGCACGGAAGCUGUGAAUCCAUUAGAGUUCUCAGGGUGUCUCUGAAAACACUAAACUGCUUAAAUCUAGACUGCCUGGGUGUUUCAGAAUAUAGUAAUUGUUACAACUGCGAGAAGGUUUGAAUGAAUCCAUGGCACUGGCUGCUGGCGCUACCCGGAAGGUUUUCUAGAAAAAAAUACCCCUGAGGAGGUUUUUGGUAAUAAAAUGGCUGUAUUCAUCACAUUUCUUUAAGUGGUAUUUCAAUAAAGUAUCUAAAAUAUCUGUCA